CAACACUCCAUGUGCAUCAUAUUUCUUACCCUUGUUCUGGCUGCUUUUUUAGGAGAAAAGAAUCUCUCUUUUUAUCUAGAGAGAGGCUUAUUGUUCUAAUCAUGCAAUUGACACAAGAUAAGAUGAGUAGCAGUCCUGCACCUUGCAGCCGAUCCUGGUCUAUUAGUGAGGACUCCCUCAGAAGGUAUGUGCAGUUUGCAAGCGAAAGCUGCAUACAAGAGUUAUUGGCAGCUUCGGACACAAACAGAGGAAAUGGCAAUGAUGGAUGGAAGGUGCUUACGCUUGACAAUGGAGUAGAGAUAUCGAAACGCAGGUCAGGCUCACUUCACACCUUUCGAAGCCGUUGGGUGCUUAGAUCUGUCUCUCCCCAACAAUUCAUCACUGUGGCCAAUGCCAUUGAUGCUGCAAAGCAAUGGGACUCUGAUCUGGUGGAAGCCAGGUACAUAAAAGAUCUUGAAGACAACCUCAGCAUAAUUCGUCUUAGGUUUGGAGAUAACUCAAAGCCUCUCUUCAGGAAUAGAGAAUUUAUUGUUUAUGAACGGCGUGAAACCAUGGAAGAUGGAACCUUGGUGGUAGCAGUUGCUUCACUACCAAAGGAAAUAGCUGCAGGGUUACAUCCGAAGCAAAGUAAUGCAAUCAGAGGACUGUUGCUACAGUCAGGAUGGGUUGUAGAGAAGCUUGAAGAUAAUUCAUGUGUAGUCACUUAUGUUGUUCAGUUGGAUCCUGCAGGAUGGCUGCCCAAGUGCUUUGUCAAUCGAUUUAACACGAAACUGGUUAUGAUCAUUGAAAACCUUAGGAAAUUAGCUCAAGCAUGUCCAAGUGAAGGUGAAAAAUGAUCACUUUGUAAAGUUGGAAGGACGGGGAGUGUAACCUAGUAUAGUAUUUACGCCCAUCAUUUAUAUUUACUUACUAUAUUAUACAUAAAAUAGAAUCAAUU